CUCGAAGAAAUCGAGCGACCACCGACGAACGACCACCGACGAGCGACCCACCGACCGAGACUCCAGAUGGAUGAUGGAUGGAGAUGAAGACUGAGACAGUCCCCAAAAUACUUAAAGGAUACGUCCGACCUCUCACAGAACCAUUUCCCUCCUGCUCUCAUCAACAUCGGUCUUGACAAUUAAUUACCACAUAAUUACAACCAAUUAGUUUCCUCUGCCGAAGAGACCCCUUGCAUCAUGUCUACCACCCUGAAGACCUUCAGCCUUUACUAUCACGGCCCCAGCCCAAAUCCCUGGAAGGUGGCCAUCGUUCUCGAAGAACUUGGACUCCCUUGGGAGUUUGUCGACGUCGAACCAUCCGACCUGAAGACGGAGCCAUUCAUCUCCCUCAACCCAAACGGCCGUGUUCCUGCUCUGGUCGACCAUAACAAGGAUAUCACGCUCUGGGAGUCCGGCGCCAUCAUCGACUACCUCAUCGCCGAGUACGACCCAGAAGCCAAGCUGCACUACACCUCCUUCCCGGAGAAGUACACCACCCGCAGCUGGGAGCACUUCCAGAUGAGCGGCCAGGGCCCCUACUUCGGCCAGAAAAACUGGUUCUCCUUCGCCCACCCGGAGAAGCUCCCGUCCGCCAUCGAGCGGUACGCCAACGAGAUCAAGCGUGUCACCGGCGUCAUCGACGCUCAUCUCGCAAAGGAGAAGACGGACUACCUUGUCGGCAACAGGGUCACGUAUGCGGACUUGAUGUUUAUCCCGUAUCACACGAGCACGCCUAUUGUCAUUGCGCCUGAGAUCGACUUGCGUGAGUGGGUGAACUACUCGGCCUGGAUGGAUAGGUUGUUGGCCCGCCCGGCUGUUGCAAAGGUUGUGUCUGUGUGGGAGAAGAUGAUGGAAGAGGGCUUGGCAAAGCGGAAGGCAGCGCAGGAGGCUGCCUCUGUUGAGGGUAAGUCUGCUUGAGGCAGGAAUCAAGAGGACUGUGGACUGAACUCUUCAUGCGCAAACCUUAACAUGUGUUGGAACUCUUCGAUUCGAUAGGGCUUGGCCGCCGUCCAGAGGAAUAUGAUACCUCACAAUCUGAGGAGCGGGACCAAUUACAUUCUGGAUUUCUCUUUUCACAGAACCCCCAGCUCUCUCAGUUUGUUAAAGCGUGA